UCUAUCCAGCUUGACAGAGGUCUCGCGCAGUACGCAGGUGCCGACAUCAUCGAGGACACGAUGGCACUUCUCGGCUCCGCGGCACGGUUAUCGCUGCUCGGCUUCCUCCUGUGCCUGCAGGUGGGCCGGGCUCCAGCCCGCAGCCCCCGCACGGCGGACCAGGUGUCCGAGGCCGACAUCCAGCGACUCCUGCACGGGGUCAUGGAGCAGCUGGGCAUUGCCCGGCCGAGGGUGGAGUAUCCUGCACAUCAGGCCACCAACAUAGUCGGGCCUCAGAGCAUCCAGGGCGGUGCUCACGAGGGGCUGCAGCACCUCGGCCCUUUCGGCAACAUUCCCAACAUUGUUGCCGAGCUGACAGGCGACAACGUCCCCAAAGACGUCAGUGAUGAUCACGGGUACCCCGACCCUCCAAACCCGUGUCCCCUGGGAAUGACAGCAGCAGAUGGGUGUUUGGAAAAUGCUCCGGACACAGCCGAGUUCAGCAGAGAGUUUCAGAAACAUCAGCAUCUUUUUGACCCAGAGCACGAUUACCCAGCACUCGCGAAAUGGAACAAAGAGCUUUUGUACCAAAAACUGAAGGGAGGACAGAGAAGAAGAAAAAGGAGUGUCAACCCGUAUCUGAUGGGCCAGAGGCUUGAAAAUGUGGUCGCCAAAAAAUCAGUUCCUCACUUCUCUGAGGAACAAGAGGAAGACCCACCAACUGCUGCCCACCAACCUUCUGCUGUCAGCAAAUCUACAACCUAAACUCCUGCACCACUCACUCUAAUGUUAAAAGCAUACUGUCAGAUAAGUUACAUAUUUAAGCAAUUUGGCAAUGGAUUUGUACUAUAAAAUAUGAAAUAGAUUGCAGAUUAAAGAUAUGCACUUUUUAUGGUAUUAUGGUCUCAUUAAUUAGCCCAUAUCUUGUUCAUUAAUUAGGGACAGCAUGUGCCUGAAGAGCAUUUCUCAGUUCACGUAUACCUACCCAUUUUUUAUGGAAUGGUCACAUGCAGGAGAUUCAAAUCUAUAACCCCAAAUGCUAAAAUGUGUGUGUAAUCUCUUUAAGUCAGGACUGUCAGUACAUAUACAACUGUAUUAUAAAAGCACGUAUAAAGAUAUUUUGAUUUGGAGGAAUGUUGAAAGAGAAAGUCGUCAUUAUCCGACAAUACAGAAGUAAAUUUGUUCACUGAAGUUUUGGAAGUUAAGUGUUUGUAUGUCUUGAUAUAAUCACAUUUGUGUCUUCAGAAUCAACGGUUUAAUACAAAUCCUGUUUGGUUAUGGUAAUUCUAAACAGUAGCAGCUUUGUGUUGAACUAUAUCACUGUUGCAUGUCAAUUAUUAGCUCUUAUCUUAUAAUACCCUAGAGUUUCAUCUUACCCAAACAUGUUUGUGUUGGUUUUGCUGUGUGAAGUCAAAUAAACUAUUUAUCUGCAUUGGAAA